CUCAGAGACGGAGUCCCCGCUGCCCUGUCUUGAAAGCCUGCCCGACAUCCAUCGAAUCCCAUUCGUUCUGAACAGAAACACAGGGAGCGGUACUGGUACCAGUAUGCAUGAAAGCGACGAAAAAUUCGACGUCAUCCUAUUCUGUCACAGCAUGUACGGCAUGAAGCCCAAAGCCAGGUUUAUCGAACGGGCACUGGAAAUGCUUGUUGAGCGGCCUGAAGGCGGAAUGGUGGUGGUUUUCCAUGGCGACGGGACUCUACACUUCGAUGGAUUAGUGUGCCAUCAAACGGCUUCUUUCCCUACCGGAGCCGUUAGCAUAGCAAAUAACGACGAGGUAUUGGACUGUUUUGCUCCUUUCUUGGCGGGGUUUGUCAUGCAGGAUGUGGAGGCAGACAAGGCUAUCCGAGUUGAAUGGCGUAAGGUGUGCCGCGCCUUGAGCCGCCGUGAGGAAGCCCAUCCGGACCAUCUCUUGUUCAGCUUGUCGAGCGUUAUGGCGGCCUUCACCCAACAUGCGACCACAUUGCCGGAGCUGACGGCACAGGUGCCAUUGUUGAAGGGGGACAAGACAGUUAAAAACCGUGAGGCUCGCCUCCACCAUCCCGCCUCGAUUGUUAGGCCGACAGAGGUCCGACACGUCCAGCAGUGCGUUCGAUGGGCUCUGAAGCAUGGGGUCGGCCUGACUGUCGUUGGUGGGGGUCACAGCGGCCACUGUCUAUGGUCCAACGUCGUUUCGGUCGACAUGGGCGCCUUUGACCAAGUACAUAUUCUCAUGGCCGGGGAUGGUGGAGAAGAAUCUGGUUCCGAAUCUGUUUCCUUGAUUGUCGCCGAGGCCGGCUGCAAGACGGGGGAUAUUGUCCGCAAGACCAUGGCGGCGGGCGUGACAGUGCCCUUGGGGUCCCGCCCAAGCGUGGGCACGGGGCUGUGGCUACAAGGCGGCAUUGGGCACUUGGCUAGGAUAUACGGGCUCUCGUGCGACGCCAUCGUCGGUGCCGUGGUGGUCAGCGUCGACUCUAGCCAGGUCCUCUGCGUCGGCCGUGUACCAAGCCAACACUGGCCGGCCGGUGCCGUGCGCCCAAAAAACGAAACCGAUCUGUUGUGGGCGAUAAAAGGCGCUGGGACUAACAUUGGCAUCGUAGUCAGCGUGACUUUCAAGGCUUACGUGGCUCCGACCUACUCAACUCGAAACUGGGUUGUCCCGCUAAGUGACAACCUCGAGGCGCGGCUCAGGCUUAGCGAUUUUGAUAACUUCGUCGCUAGGAAGCUCCCCCGGAACUGUUCUGCAGACGCGUAUCUGUACUGGGACAUCGGCCAGCUGCAUCUUGGCGUGACCAUGAUCGAAUCUUCCACGACUAGGCUCACCUCUGAAACACCCACGCCCACGCCCGUAGACACAGUCUUGGGACCGGAAGACAAUUUCAAGACCGUGGACGGCGUCGGUUUGUUCGAGGCCGAGAUGUACAUGUCCGGGAUGCACGGCGGGCACGGCAACAGCAAGACCUCCUCGUUCAAACGAUGUUUAUUCUUAAAACGCAUUGGAGCACUGAACGUCGCCGACAUCUUGGUGGCAGCUGUUGAGACUCGUCCCUCACCACUCUCCUAUCUCCAUCUGCUGCAAGGUGGCGGGGCUGUCAGCGAUGUGCCGGCUGAUGCCACUGCUUUCGGCUGUCGAGACUGGGACUUUGCCUGCGUGGUAACUGGUGUCUGGCCCCGCGACCAGGAUGGAACCGAAGUCGCUCAAGCUGCCGUGCGGUGGGUAUACAACGUCGCCAGGGACUUGUUGCCCUUGAGUAGCGGAGUUUACGGUGCAGACCUCGGGCCGGACCCCAGGGACGCCGCGCUGGCGGCCAAAGCUUUUGGACUGAACCGGUCGCGCCUGGCUCGCCUCAAGCACAGCUCGGACCCGCGCAAUGUGCUGGCUUACGCCUGCCCGCUCCCGAAAGCGCCGAUGGAACAGAAGCUCAUCAUUCUUAUCACGGGUGAAAGCUGCGCCGGUAAGGACUUUUGCGCUGACAUCUGGGUCUCUGUAUUUCUCAAAUACACCCACAAAAGCCUCAUGGCACGCGCAGUCAGCAUUAGCGAUGUGACCAAGCGAGAAUACGCGGCGGCUACCGGUGCCGACCUGAACCGCCUGCUUCAGGACCGUGCUUACAAAGAGCAACACCGGCCAGCGUUGACAGCGUUCUUCCAGGACCAGGUGCGGCAUCGACCUCGGCUGCCAGAGGAGCAUUUUCUAGAUGUGGUGUACGGCGCCGUAGAUGUGGAUGUGCUGCUAAUCACCGGGAUGAGAGAUGAGGCGCCGGUCGCAGCGUUGUCGCAUUUGGUGCCAUACAACAGACUGCUCGAAGUUCGCGUCAAAGCUAACAAAGAGACGCGGCGUGCUCGCCGAGGGUGUGACGGCGGUGAUAAUGAUGGUGACGACAACGAGGACAACAACAAUGGCAGGUCAAAACUGACGGCCUUGGAAUAUCGCCCCAGUCUCAUUUUCGACAAUGACGCAACCGGAAACGAGGCGGCGAAAAGGCUUGCCGAACACUACUUGCUUCCCUUCUUCCACGAGGACCUUCAGCGACUGGCCAACAUGGUGCCCCCGGUACCCGACUUUCCACGCCCGGGCAUCGAGUUCCGCCAUGUGCUCAACAUCUCCCAGCAGCCGGGUGGGCUGGCCCUGUGCACAUCUCUGUUGCAGACUCACUUCACCGGUGACUGGGCCAAAGUCGAUGUGGUAGCGUGUUGCGAGGCCGGCAGCUUUGUCUAUGCAUCGGCGCUGGCCUCGCGGGUUGAUGUACCCUUGGCGCUGAUUCGCGAAGCCGGCAAACUCCCCCCGCCCACCGUUUCCGUCCUCAAGUCUACAUCGUAUAUAUCGUCUUCAACAUCCGACGAUUCAAAAGAGAAAAGGAUCGAGGUGGACCGGGAUUUGAUCCCCAGAGGCGCGUCAGUGGUGGUGGUGGACGAUGUGCUUGCCACGGGGAAGACACUUUGUGCGGUGCUACAGCUUUUAGAUAAAGCUGGCAUCAGUGCUGAGAAUGUCAGCAUCAUGGUUGUGGCCGAGUUCCCUGUUCACCGUGGCCGGGAACUGUUGCGCCAGCGUGGGUUUGGCGGUGUCAAUGUUCAAAGCCUUUUGGUCUUUGGUGGUGCUUAGGAAAGGAAGGAGAGGAUCUUUGGAAUCUUGGACUUGUGAUCAAAUUCAACUUCUUUCA